AUGUGGCGGCGGCGGCGGUGGAUAGCGCGGGGCGUGGGGGGCGGCGGCGGCGGCGGAGGAGGAGGAGGAGGGCGUUGGGGGUGGCCGUUGGCCGUGUUGGUGCUGGCGUUGUGGCUGUCAGCAGCGAGAUGUCGUGAGUUGUACUCGCCCACUGAUCCUUUGGAGCUGCUGGGGACGGGGGCGGAGGGGCAGCUGCUGGGCUCUCCCAGCGCUUGGGCCGUCGAAUUCUUCGCCUCCUGGUGCGGGCACUGCGUCCACUUCGCGCCCACAUGGCGGGCCCUGGCGCACGACAUCCGCGAAUGGAGGCCUGCAGUGGUGCUGGCAGCCAUAGACUGUGCCGACGAGGCCAACCAGCAAGUGUGCACUGAUUUUGGGAUCACCGGCUUCCCCACACUGAAGUUCUUCCGAGCUUUUAGCAAGAAGACAGAGGAUGGGAUAAGGAUUACCAAAACCAGCACCAGCGUUGAGGACCUGCGCCAUGCCAUCAUUACCAACCUUGAGCAGAGCCAGGACAGUUGGCCACCCGCCUGUCCUCCGCUGGAGCCAGCAAGUGCAGAGGAGGUUCGCACCUUCUUCCAGAGGAACAAGGACCAGUACCUGGCACUGAUCUUUGAGAAGAGCAAUUCCUUUGUGGGCAGAGAGGUGGCACUGGACAUGCUGCAGUACGAGAACGUGGCAGUGAGGAGGGUGCUGAGCAGCGAGGAAGAGCUUGUGGAGAAGUUUGGUGUCACCACUUUCCCCUCUGGCUACCUGCUCCUCCGCAAUGGCUCCUUCUUCCGGCUACCUGUGCACAUGGAGGCACGCUCCUUCUACACCUACUACCUGCGUACGCUCUCGGGCGUCACCCGCGGCUCCUACAAGCUGAAUGCAACCCUUGGUGCUUCCAACGAGACCAACACAUCCCAUCUGAAUCGUGCCGACCGCUCCAAGGUGUACAUGGCUGACCUGGAGUCCACACUGCACUACUCGUUGCGGGUAGAAGCUGUCCGUGCUGCCACAAUGUCAGGAGCCCAGCUGGCUGCCUUCAAGUGCUAUGUGGCCACACUGGUGAAGUACUUCCCUGGGCGCCCCUAUGUGCAGACCUACCUGCAGUCCCUGGACGUCUGGCUGAAGAACUGGACAGAGCCUGAGCUGCCCCGCAACACUUUGAAGGAGGUCAUGAAGAACAACGGAGAUGCCUCCCACCCCGCCAUGCUCCCCACCAAUGUGACCUGGGUGGGCUGCCAGGGCAGUGAACGCCACUUCCGUGGCUACCCCUGUGGGCUCUGGACCCUCUUCCAUCUGCUGACUGUCCAGGCUGCCCAGAACGGCCCCAACAAAGAGCUGCCAUUGGAGGUGCUGAGCACCAUCCGCUGCUAUGUCCGGAAUUUCUUCGGCUGCCAGGAGUGUGCUGAGCACUUUGAAGCCAUGGCAGCUAAGUCCAUGGACCAGGUGGCAAGCCGGGAGGAAGCCGUCCUCUGGCUCUGGUCCCACCACAACGAGGUCAAUGCUCGCCUGGCAGGAGGUGACACAGAGGACCCCAAGUUCCCCAAGCUGCAGUGGCCUCCACCAGAUAUGUGUCCCCAGUGCCACAAGGAGGAGCGAGGGGUGCACGCCUGGGAUGAGUCAGCUGUGCUCACCUUCCUCAAAGCACACUUCUCCCCGGCCAACGUCUACUUGGACUAUGCCAUGGCUGACCCCAUCCCUGCCGCCAGGGAGGAGAUGGAGGCCAGGCUGGGCACCGAGGGCCCACGAGAGGAGAGGGAGAAGGAUGAGGAAGAGGAGAAGGAGACAGAAGUGAGAGCUCCGGGGCGACAGGGCUCCCCUGAGCCACGACGCCCCAGCAUUGUGCGUCUCAAUCCCAAGCCUCGGGAGGUGAGUGAGGACAUCGUGGACCUGGACUCCUUCAGCGAGCAGCACUUCAAGAGCCAAGCACUACGAGCAGCAGCCGGCCGGCGCCGGCGGCUCAGCAAACGAGACACCAUCGCCCUGUCCCGGGAGGCCGGCAUGGGCCGGGAGCGCCGGCGGGCUCCUGGGCUCCUGGUCCGGGAGGAGGAGGAGGUGGCUGGGGGGGUCAUUCAGAGGAGCCCCUGGCUGCGGGUGCUGGGCUUGGGCUUCUCCCGUCUGGACAUCAGCCUCUGCGUCGCCCUGUACUUCCUCUCCUCCAUGUGCCUCCUAGGCAUGUACACCUUCUUCCGCCUCCGCACCCGCGCCCGGAAAGGCCGCCUUGGCUUCCCCUUGGCCUGA